CCAAAGCAAACUGCAAAUCCCUAGAUUUGUGCAUUGUGUUGGUCUGGAAAGUACCGCGGAGAGAACUUCUAUGGAGUAACCGUGCGAACAUGAAUUUACGCACUGAAUGCUAACAUCCCAUGCUACCUGGAAAGUGGCGGCAUUUCAUUUUUUUGCCACCAUUCUGCUGAGUGAAAUUUUGUUGCCGACUCUGCCGCGGUAAUCUCUGUGUUAUUCUACUACUAGGCCCAAAUUAAUAAUAUUGUUCUCAAGCGGCGGAUUACGAUGUCGUCGGACGAUGAGUCAUUGAUUGUCAGCGAUAAAAUCCAUGGCACCUGCCCUUCUGCCUCUGGCAAUAACCAUAUCUCCUGCCGGAGAGUGCCUGGAAGUGUUGGCUAUACUGACUUGCAGGCUUCCCAUCACAACGUGGACAUGACUUCUGAUAUGGAGGCCACAGGGACUGAGGACCCGACAGAGGUAGACUUUUCAACUGUCGAGAUCUCGGGAGAAGAACACAUCGCAGAGGUGCAGUGCAAUCCAACCAGUGUUGCGCUGAGUUUCUGCAAGAAGACGGUGCUCACCCCGUACAUGCGUCUCAUGUGCGUGCUAGGCUGGCGCCCUCUACCCGAGGAGCGCCAGUCCCGCUUCUCUUCCUACUGCUGCAGAGUGGCGAAUGUGGUAUACCCACUGGUUGUGCUCGGAAUUAUUCUGCUUGGCUACGUGCUCCAGUUUGCCGCUUGUCUGCGCACGGACAGAGUCGAGGGCGACAAACGCAUUGUGAAUGACUCGCAUGUACCAGAGACGCCAUCUGACCCGGUGUUUGAGGGGCCGCCGCAGCCAGUGCUUGAGGAUGUGCGGCAGCACUGUCAGCGCAACAUCUACAGCCUGUUUGUCGUUCCCGACAUGCUGCACCUGUUUUCCUACUGCCACGCGUUCUACGCGACACGGUACGGUAACUCUGAGUUUGUGCUCACGCUCAUGGAGCGCGUCUUCUUGCAGGCAUCACCAUACACACAUUCCGGCUACCUCUCUCAGAGGGGGCUCAUCAAGACGUUGCGCCUGCUGCUCGUGCUCGCCUUCCUCUGGCUGCUCACCUCCACAGGAAACCUUGUGCUGCGCAUGCUAGCGGGCGGGGGCAUUGAGUGGGAGCCAUGGCUAGAGCCGGCUGGCGCCACGGCGUCGGCAAUGCUCAUUGUCGUCCUCGUCCUUUCCGUCGCUGCCGUGCAUCUUGUUUACGUGGCAGUCGUCAUCGGUUAUGCCGUUCAAUGUCAGCUGCUCAUUUACUGCAUCCGAGGGUUGGGCGAACGCGUGUUUGAGCGGUCCAUCUCGCUGCUGGAGGUUUUUAAGGAGGUUCAGGAGUCGCAUGCGCUUUUGAAGACACUCAAUAACCAGUCUGCAACGACUGUUGCACUAAUUUUGUAUAACUUUGGCUGCUACAUGACUCUGUGUGUAGUGGCGCUGGUGUCACGCGACACCGUUCCAUAUGGGUGGGUCACCUACGUGUGUACAGUGACAUCAUGUUUUCUCUGGGUGGUUAUUUUUCUGCUCCCACUCGUACAGGGGGGUAGGGUCUCUGCAGCUUGUUCCUCGCUUAGCAAACUUGGCCAUGCAAUCAGGGCGAGGCCGUUUGGAUAUCAGGACACAAACGCCCAGGAUCUGGACUCUUUACUCUUGUUCCUAUCAACACUGAAACUGCAGGCAAAAAUGUUUCGGAUCCCAGUUAAAUCUUCAUUUUUAUUUGGAAUUUUCAUUCCCGUAACGUUUGUCUUGUUAUUGUUAUGUCAGCUUGGACAGCUGAUAAAUGUGUAACUGUGUGAAUCACUGACAUUAGUUGAAAUUAUCGUCAACUGAAUAGUGUAUGUAGUUCUUCUCCACUAAGGAACUUCACUUCAAUGAGGCUUAUCAGUAAUAAACAACUGUAUGGCUGGCAUGGAGGAAAGAGAGUUGAGUACAAAGGUGGGAGGAAUUCCUGUUCCCUAUCUACCAUCAUUCCCUCCCGUUUCUACCAUCUCUGUCAUUGUCCCUUCUUCUGAUUUACCCCUUCAGUCACCUUUUUCCAUGUCUUCUGGCACCUCACUGACUCCUAGUUACUCCACCCUUAUCUAGUUCAUCUACACCAACUAACUCUAGCUCCCAAUUGCCACAUCACCUAUUGUACCUUUCUACUUUUUCCUCACGUGUCUCGAUUGCGUUUGUAAGGUGUAAGGGACCUUUCAUUAGUAACUGGUGUUUACACUUUAUGGGCAAUUUGGUAUGCAUUGUGUGUAGUUUCAAAUACGUGCUGAAUUUUAUCGCAGUGCUGCAACUCGUGAUACAUUGGGCAAGAAACACAAAUAUUUUUAGUACAAUAAUAUAUUUGAUAUAUAUUACACAUAUAUAUAUAUAUUACACACACACACACAC